GCUGGAGCCCGGCCCCCCCGCCUCCACAACCCUUACCCUGCCUGCUGUGCCCUAGGAGCAGCUGCUAAGGAGGCUUCCUCCCGCAGCUCUUACUCCCAGAUGCUCUUGGCUCCAAGGGGGCAGCGGAGGGACGGGCAGAAUUGCUUCCGUGUCCAGCCUCCUCCCCUCGGCCGCACCCCGCCUCACCUGGCCAGGCUGGGCCCCACCCCUCUCACCUGGCCCGGCCGGGCUGGACUGCCGCGGGCCCCCCCCCCCCAGCAGUAGCUGGUAGAGCUCGGCCACGCAGGGCAAGUGCCAGCCAGUCCGGUGCAGCACAGGCCCAGUCCGGGGCCCUUCCAAGGAAGAGGGAUGAGUCUCACGCCUGAGCCUCGAGCCCCGGGGAAGCCUGCGGCGCUACAGACGAUGUCACCUGUUGUUGAACUGAACGUGGGGGGUGAGCUCUAUACCACCACUGUGGGCACCCUGAAAAAAUUCCCAGGGUCCAAGCUGGCAGAAAUAUUCAGCACAGCCAAGCCUCCUCGGCCGGAUUCCCAAGGCAGAAUCUUCAUUGACCGACCAGGCACCCAUUUUCGACCUAUCCUCGAAUAUCUCCGAAGUGGACAACUGCCUACACAGAGCAUCCCAGAGGUAUAUAAAGAAGCCCAGUUCUAUGAGAUCCAACCCCUGGUCAAGCUCCUAGAGGAUACACCCCAGAUCUUUGGUGAGCAGGUAGCCAGGAAGCAGUUUUUGCUCCGAAUACCAGGAUACAAUGAGAACCUUGAGCUCAUGAUCCGGAUUGCCAGAGCAGAGGCUGUGGCAGCUCGAAGUUCUGGUGUAGUGGUAUGUGCAGUGAGGACCGAGGAGGAUGCCACUCGAUGUCUUGAUGCCUUACAGACUCUGGAGACAUACAAGAGAUCAGUGGUCAAGUUUGGGCCCUGGAAGGCAUCGCCAGCUAUCACUGACCUGUUGGAUUGUGUCAAGAUGGACAUUGAAGCUCAGGGGUACUGUGUUUCUUAUCAGCCCUAUGUAGCUGAGAAGGGAUUCCGAAUCAAGUCCUCUGAUUACUUUUAUAAAUUCACUUUCACCUGGUGGUGACCCCCUCAGUGGUCUAAGGAUUAAUAUUUUUGACUAGGGUUGGGUGCUUAUAAAAAAGGAAAUUGUUAAAUCACUUAAGUAAAAUAAAUCAAGAAAGUAAAAACUACAGCAUAAAUAUUUUGAAUGUUUUCAUGACAAAGGAUGGAUAAUGUGGUUGGCAGUCAGCAGUAGGAAAAUGUAGGUGAGGAGGUGCGGGCUCUCUUUCUGACUUUUUUCUAACAUUGGGUAUAUUCCUUCAAUUCUCUGUACUUUUUUCUCCAUAAAAAUAUU